GAAUUGAGUGCCCAGCUCCUACCGUCUCCCUCACCUCGCUGUCGCGAUGUAGCGAUUCACCCCAUUUUACUACGUGUAGCCACUUGCUCUAUGCUUGGUAUAUGCGAAGGCUUUUCUUGUGUGACCAUUACCACCUUCUACACUUUUACAUUGGUGACCUACGCAGGGACCGUAUCGACGACGUGCGGAUACACGACAAGUACUUCGCCUGGUUCAAGCCCAACGAAAGCGCGAACAAAGAGAGGAAGAAGAGGCUCCUUGGAGUUUUGAAGUUUCAACCCUUAAAUCCUGCAGCUAGUGAGCCAGCGUUCGAACUGGAGCCACCCGCCACCCUCACAAAAGUUCAUAACGUAGGUAGACGAAGAGCGUUGGCUACUGAUCCAAUUCUCACUAUCUUGAUGGAUCGAUAUUCGGAUUCUGUGUCUGCAUCGAUAAAAAUGUAUUGUCACCACAACCGGUACGAAAAGCAGGGACUUGGUUUCGCUCAUCACUGCUACUACGCCCCUUGGCAGCAAGGCUGCAGGCAAGACCUGAUGCUUUGGAGAGAGGUGGCUAAACAACGAAUGGAUCGGGAAUACCGCUUGGUGACGGUACCAUUCCCUGCGCUCAUCAUCCAAGCAGAGGAAGAGUUUGAUCGCACCUUUGUGCAUGGAAAUGCUAGGGACCUGUAUACCGUAUCCGACUACAAGGCAGCGGAUCACAUUACAGCGUAUGUCGUACAUUCCCAUGACGACAAUGGUGAGAAUACGUCGCAAACUGAAGUCGUACACGGAAGGGUUAAACCUUCCGCUCUGAACGAUACAGACUGGAGAACCUUGGCUGAAAGUACGCUUGGCAAGGGCAAGAUGAUCUUCGAUCAUGGAUUCUUUCAUGAUAUCACAGCUAAGAGACGACACCAGAGUUACACCAACUUGACGAAGUCCGAUCAGUACAUGAAUGGACAGAAUAACUCGUGGGCACUCGUAGCUGGAGGAAACCCUACCUCCAUCCGGCCAUACAUGGAUGCGUACGGGGAUGAGCCGUUCGCAGCCACAAUUGUUCCAUAUACGGCCGUGAAGAAGAAUAAUGAUGGAACCUUGGAUCCGAUCCUCGAAAAUGGCAUGAAGUACCAAGACCUGAGGGAUGCCCACAGCAACUUGAAGCCGAUCUUCGACAAGGUAGUCACAAAGGAUGGACAACACGAAAUCCCAGGAUUUGCUGCUGAAUGCCAUCUGAUUACUGAAAACCCUGUCGAACAAGCUCUUGUAGGGAGAUUGCCAUGGGAUGAUCACUCCGUUCUCAUCGAAGCUUCACUCUUGCUCGAAAUGAAUGACGACGAAUUCCAUGAUUGGUAUCGACGACAUCAGCAAGAAAUUUGGCAUCAACAUCAACGCGCUUUCACUGAUGUCAUCUCUAAAGAAUCGGCUUAUGGUGAAAAAUCGUACUAUUAUGUAGCCUCUGUAGAACCGGCAGCUGGACAGAAACGAAAAUAUGCUUCAGCCGAUGAAGAAGAAGGAAUGCUGGGAUUCUCUACAGACACCAGCGGUGAAGAUGCUACUCCCCCUCCAUCGCCCCAACCCCCGAGCCGUGCCCCCUCUCCCCCAGAAACCAGACGUGUAAAGCGAAGAAGACGCGAACUCACGGAACAAGAUAGAACAUUGAACGACGAAAGGGAUGAGAACGAGGGAGUUACGGGCGUAAUGAGAGGUGGCCUUUCCAACAGUCGAGGUCUCCCUGGGCGACCAAGAGGUUCAAGAAGAAUACGUGAAGUUAUUCCUGGAGAGAGACGCAGUGGAAGGCUUGCUGGUCGGAGUUCUCAACCAGAGUCGUAAAGGAAGACGAUAAACGCAUUUCAUAACUUCGCAAACUUUUCGCGAAGUUAUGAUCGCAGCAAAAAGAGCAUUGUUGUUUGGAUUCUUGACUUUAAUUGAUCGGGCGAUCAAUUGACCAAAGUGGGGAGGAAUGUGAGAGUGAAAACACGUGACUUCAGGGUCACGUGCUGCCAACGUUUAGUAUUUAUAGCUUCUCUUCUGUAGACCUAAAAAUAUCAUCGAAUUUUCCA